AAUCUCUAUGAAUCGAUGUCAGUUUCCAUUUGAAUAUUAAAAGUUUAUGAAGUUUUGUAAAUAACUCUUUCUCUUGUGCGUUAAAGUAAUCGAAAAAGUUUAUAAAAUGAAAUUCCAGUUGACUGGAUUAUUAGUGGCAGCUGUCAUGUUGAUGGCUUGCUCUACUUGCUUGGCUCAAGGCCCAGGUGGUGGUGGCCAAGGUGGUGGUCAAGGUGGUGCUCAAGGUGGUGGUCAUGGAGGUGCUCAAGGCGGUGCUCAGGGAGGUAUGGGUGUUGGCAUGAGUGCUGGUGCUGGUGCCGGUGGCGGUAUGGGAGGUGGUGGUGGUAGUGGCAUGGGAGGUGGUGGCGGUCGCCGUUAAAUAAUAUGAUUUUUUUAAUUCUCUACAGUUGACACAUAUUGAUUUAAAGUUCCCUUAAAACAUUUAAUAAAGUACCUAACAAAAAUAUGAAAAUACCCAUAUGGGAAAUUCCAAUCUA